AUGAAAUUUGUUGCAUUAAUCUCAGGUGGCAAGGAUUCUUGUUAUAAUAUUCUACAUUGUUUGAAAAAUGGUCAUGAGUUAGUUGCCUUAGCAAAUCUAAUGCCAGAAAACAAUUCUCAACAAGAAUUGGAUAGUUUUAUGUUUCAAACUGUUGGCCAUGAUAUUGUUUCAAUGUAUGGGAAGUGCACAGGGUUGCCUCUAUUUAGACAGCCUAUAAAGCAAGGAGGUUCUAAGAACGUUCAAUUAAAUUAUACGCCCACCUCUUCGGAUGAAAUUGAAGAUUUAUUCAUCUUACUUCAAAAUGUCAUAAAAGAAAUUCCUGAUGUAAAAGGGGUCAGUGUAGGUGCAAUUCUAUCAUCUUAUCAACGUACUAGAGUAGAAAAUGUAUGCAAUAGGUUAGGACUAGUAUCGUUAGCCUAUCUAUGGGAAAGAUCACAAGAUGAAUUAAUGGGCGAAAUGUGCUUAAUGUCAAAGGAUCUGGAUGAUCCAGAACUUGAUGAAAACAACUGCUCAAUGGAUGCAAGAUUAAUAAAAGUAGCAGCACUUGGCUUAAAUAAAACUCACCUAGGAAUGUCUCUACCACAUAUGUAUCCAAUCUUACAAAACUUGUCAUUAAAAUACGAUGUCAAUAUUUGCGGGGAAGGUGGUGAGUUCGAAACCAUGACAUUAGAUGCCCCGUUUUUCAGGAAGGGUAAAUUAGAAAUAACAGAUAUAGAAUAUGAUACUUCUCAGUCUAGUAAUGGUGUUUAUAAUGCACAUUUAACUGUGGCUUUUGUUGAAAGAGAAGUUUCGGUCGAGCAAUUAAAUUUAGAGUUAAAGAAACUUCCGGUUCCUCAAACCUUUAAUUCUAAAUUUCAGCACAUCUUAGAAAUAUCUCUAAAAGAUCAGCCUUGUAUUCCUCAAUUUUUGGAUCAUCCUGAUGAAAACUGUAUCUCAAAAAGUAAAAUAUUUGAUCCAAUGUCGAGUCAUAAAAUUGAAAAUAUUAUAUACAUUUCAAAUCUAGUUUGUACAUCAUCUGUACGUAAAACAGUAGAAGAACAAGUUAUUGACAUUUUUAAAAAAUUGAAACUCUGUUUAAAUGAGUAUAAUGUUGUCCAAUCACAUAUAAUAUCUUCAACAUUGCUAUUGAAAAAUAUGGCUGAUUUUUCUAAAGUGAACACUAUUUAUAACAAUUUUUUCUCAGUAUCUGAGUGGGGUCCACUCCCUCCAUCAAGGGCCUGUGUUGGAACAUCUCUUUUGAACUCUACCUAUUUGGUCCAAUUGUCCGUCAUUAUUGACUCUUCUUUAGAUGUUAAACAAUUAGACAAUAAUGUUUGGGUUUCAAAUGCUAAGAAUGGAUUACAUGUUCAAGGUCUCUCGUAUUGGGCCCCCAGAAAUAUUGGGCCCUAUUCUCAAGUAACUACUUCAAAUAAUGAUCAAAAUAAAGUCGGGUAUGUUAGUGGUCAAAUUGCAUUAAUUCCUCCUUCCUUAGAGUUAUGUAAUGAGGGGCAAUAUGAAGAAGCUAUUUUAUCUCUGCAACAUUUUGAUACAAUUAUUCAGACGAAUGGAGUGCCAAAUAUAUUAUCUAUGAUGUCAUAUAUUACAUCUAAAGAUAUGUUACCAAGUGUUACCUCUGUUUGGUUUGCUUAUCAAGUAGACGGCUCUUCUAACGAUGAUAUGAUAAAUAAAUCACUCAAAUCCCUUAUAAUUGUACAAGUAGAUGAAUUACCCAAGAGUGCGAACUGUGAAUGGAGUGGAAUAGCAUGUAAGUCGUUAGAUAUCAAUUAUUCUGAAUAUUCGAAUAUGACCGAUUGUGAAUCUACAUCAUUUGAAAAUACAUCUAAAUAUGAAUUAGAAAUACCUUGUUCUUCAAAGAUAGUUGUUAAAGAUGAAAAGGAGCGUUGUUUUGUGACAGGGUUUUGUAAUUCUAAGGAAGAACUGGCAGAUAUUGUAUCUCAUUUAAAUAUUCCACACCAUAUUACUGUUUAUUAUAACCCAGCUUAUUCAACGAUUACCGGAAACUUACAUAAUUGUACUAUAACUACCGUUAAUGGUGUUUAUGAUUACAAGGGAAACGAGUACGUUUUUGGGUUUCAAAUAUUUAUGUAA